CGAAAAAUGAGCGGAAGUACUUGACGAAGCGCGAAAAUCAAAAAUACGACGAAAGACAAAGAGCAGGGUAAUGGCGGAAAACACCUUUCCCAUCUAUAAGGUGGACGUCCUCGUACAGUUUUACCGGAGUGAGGUUUUAACUGGGCAAGAAGCAAAGCAUUUUAAUAAAAAUGAUAUAACUCCAAACCCAAAGCCAGAUUCGAUUCAGAGACUCUACAUGAGAAUUUUGCAGCUCCUGUAUCACAUCAGGCCUGAAUGUAAUUACGUGGUGCCAUUUGUUGAGAACAUCCCCGUGUUGCAGGAGUGGGUCAUCCCUAUCAUGAGUGUGUACUUGCGCAUGUGUCAGUUUUUGCCCAUUUGCCAUGUAUAUGACUUUCAGCUCAAUGAUCUUCUUAAUCCAAAAGCCAAGCGCACCAUCAGUAUUUUGAGCGGCAUCAUGAAUUUUCUUCACUUCAGAAAGCUGAGGCUUGAGAUGACCUCUGAGUACCAACAGUCAUUUAGAGCAGACAUGGAUAAAUUUCAGGCUUACAGCAAGGGAAUAAAGGAGGCAGAGAAGAAGAUAGAGAAGCUGAGGAUUAUCCCACCAGAACAGCAGGCUGAGACCAAGGAGCUGGCUGCAGCCAUCUCUGAGCUCACAAAUGCAAACCUGCACCAGUUGCAGGAAGUGAAUGCAAUAAAUGAACAGAUUGCAGAAUGGAAAAGUGAAAUUGCAGAAAGGUCCCAGAAACUGGCUCAGAGGAAGAUGGAUGUGGCCACUCUAAAAGAGGAAAUCACUAAACUGAAAUCUCAGAUCGUGGAGUCACCAGAGGAGCUCAGAAAUGAGAUGGAGAAAAUGAAGGAGAAAGUGAAGAACAUCAAACAUUCGAAAGAGCGGGCUGAUGAGUGCCUGGUGGAGCUGCAGAUUAAAAUGCAAGGGGUGAACCAGACUGAGGCUGAGAUCCAGCUCAUGUACAAGCUCCUGCAGGACCUCCAGGGGGUCAUGGAUAAGAUGAACAUCCAGCAGGAAGAGAACCAGAGCCUGGUGGCACUCAAUGAGAAGAUGCAGAAGGAGCUGAAGAACCUGAGCACAGAGGAGGCCCAGCUGAAGAGAGCUCUGGGGAUGAAGAUGGAUAAAAUGUCCAAGCAGCAGAUCCGUAGGCAGAAGAAGAGAGAGAUGAGGGACCAGCAUGUGCAGAAUUUGAUGGGUCAAUGUGACCAAGUCCAUCAAAAGAGAGAGGAGAUUGUGGAGCAGAUCCAGGAGAUCAACAGGGAAACUCAGCAGAUCAAGGCUAAGAUGCAGGCCCUUAGAGAUGUCUGCAGCCAGGAGACUGAAAAGGCACAGGUAAGGUCUCCACCUCUUCUAGAAUGUCAUACAUGUAAGGCAUCUAAGUUUUGCCCAUUACUACCUUUGGAUUUGUAUAACCUUUUGGAGCUGUUUGGGCAGAGACAUUUGUGGAAAAAAAUAUGGUUUGUUGUAAUAAAUAUAUACUCUCAGGAAUUCAGGACAAGCCGUAUUCAGGGUUUCCCGACAACAACUGAGUUCCUAUCAGAAGGCAGUGAUGAAGACAAUUUGAACCCUUUUGUCUCCGUAGGCCCUGUAUGACCGUGUGCUGGCUUCAUUGGACCAGUUCCACAAGCGAAUUGAGAACCACGUCGUUCA